GAGAGAGCGAGAGAGCGAGAGAGAGAGAUAGUGGCGCAAUAUCGCGGUCGCAAUUUUUCACUUAGAUCUCGCCGCGUUUCCGGUCGCGUGAACACGAUGAUGUCAACCGAUGGCGCCUAUGCACUCCCGCGAAAUUGUGGGAGCAUUUCUGGAAACGGCAUGAGUAACGCGCGCCGGUCCGAUCGCUUCUUGUGAAUCACCGUCAUUCCGACCACAGAGCCGAUGAAAUCACGUAAUCAUCGAGUGACAUCCUCUUUAAAUUACUUGAAGUGACAUUCCACUCGAAAAACAGAGUGACUAGCGAAUAACUCGAAUUUAUGUAAUUUCUCGCUCACAUAUAGAGUUCUCUGAAUAGUCGAGUGAAUAUUUCCACUCAAGGUCGAGGAGCAAUCUGAUAUAUUCCAUCGUCACACAGAAACAUAUUCACUCUGAUUGAUUGAAACAUUUACUCGUGUAAAGUCAGAAUUCACUCUUUUGAGUGAAACAUUCACUCUUGAGAUUGAGUUUGAGUGAAACGUUCACUCUUGAGAUUUCCAGUGGCAGUAGCCAGAUGGACAAAUGUACAGGACAAAAGACGAAAAGAAAUUUUAAAAAUAAUGCUUGAACUCGCGAAAAUUGGUCUCCAAAAAUCGGCCGCGCAUAUCUCGUCGAAUACACAGAAAAAAGAAUAUUCUUAUUUGGAGAAUUGUUUCUCUUUAUUGUUGACGUUUUUAAAAUUAAUGUUAAAAUGAGAUUACAUCGAUUUUAUUCGUUUUGAAUGAAAUUCCACCCUGAGAAAUUUAAAGAGUUGUUUCUACGCGAAUCUACUUUUGUUCUUUAAACGUCAGUGAAUAUUUAUUUUAUCAUCAUUAUUUAGUUAGCCCGAAAAUUUCGUUGGAUUUUUCAUAAAUCGGUCUGCUUUUACGAUAAAGGUGUACGAGUUCUGUCAAGAUCUUGGCAAAGGGUCAUAGACAAUGACGGCGAUUACUUGACGAAUAAGUUGUUUCCAUCCGAUGUGAUCAGAUUAAAUUUGUUUCAAGAAUCGAGCCGAACUCUUAGACUGCCCUAAUAAACAAAUAAUUUGCGUUUAUUAGAUCGAAUACGAGUCAAACGUGCGUUCACGAUUUCCUGCCGUUAACAAGACAGAAUUACAACGUCAUAGAUAAUUUCCGGAGCGAUUCGAAUCCAAUCUUUCCGCCGAGAACGCUAACAGUUUUCGCGCGGAACGGCCGAUUUCUUCGAAGCGCAGCGGGAACCAAUCCGGAUGCUGUGUAUAUUAUUUCGUGACUCAUGUCGGGAGCUCUCUCUGGAAGACACGACGCGGCUGGACGUGUCAAGAGUCGUCUCGCGAUCUCGCCCGGGACUAAUUAUCGCGGCUGGACGUGAAUUAGGGACGUAAACCUAAACGACGUCACCGCCGCCGCCGCGAUCAUAAGAGCGCGGAGCCGACGCUGACAUUAUCGGCGCCCCCGAUCUUCUCGCCUCUCCUCUCCUCUCUUUACUCUCGCGAGACACGCGAGAGAAACAUAAAGUCGGCCUCUUCACGCUUCACCAACGAGGCGACGCUCGUUAUCUCGCGUCGCUCAAACGAGCGUCGCCCCGACAUUUGCAUCCGACAUUGGCGUACGAUCGCGCCUCUGAAAGUGCAGCACAGAUGAAGGGGAACCGCUUUGAUGUCUCAUUUAAUCAAUCGAGUUAUGGAUAUCUACUAUACUAGAGAGAGGAUGUCUCAGCUCGAUUUCACAGUUUCUCGUGAGGACGACGCCACUACAGCUCAUCUGCCAUAUCAUAGUGAUCAUUCGCAUAAAUUUUCUGCAAUGAAUAUCUCGAUCAUUAUUGCGAUUUUUGCAAAACGUGUUGGACUUUUUUGUUUAUCUCAAUCCGUCUUACGUCCUCACGAGAGAUUGUGGAUUGUGAGCUAAGACAUCUCGUAUAUAUGAAAUAGAAUGUCUGUUUGUUCCCUACACACUCGUAAACCCGUUAGACUGAGCUGGACCAAAGUUUGCGUGAUUACUUGUUAGAACCAUGAGAAAAAUAUAAGUUACAUAAAACCUCCACUCCUAUCUCCUUCUGAUUUCGUCCCCUUGACACUUUAUGAUAAAUCGGCCAACACUGGGUAGUUUUAACUAGUAUGGAAUACCUUCAAGUUAAACGACCAAACUUCUUAAUUUGAACGGCUAAACUGACAUGUUCUAUGAGUAGAAAUGAUGGAAAAUUAAAGAAAUUUUUAAAAACUUUAAAUUUUAAAUAUUAUAAAGAAAAGGUAAAAAAAGAAGUAUGCUCUAAGAAAAAAAUACUUGAAAAUUUACUUGUAGGAUACAUUUUACUUCCGUGAAAUAAAGUUUGUUUCUGUGAAUAAAUCCCGGCUUAAAUAGUUUAGCAGAGAUUCGAAAUAUCUCGGUUCGAAUCCCGGCUUAUUAAUUUAACUAAUACUCGAAACACUUCCAAUUCCAAUAGUUUAGAGAAGACUCGAAACACUUUGGUUCGAAUGCCGGCUAUAAGUUUAGAGGGAGCUCGAAACACUUCGGUUCGAAUCUCGGCUUAAUACUUUAGCGGAGACUCGAAACAUCUUGGUUCGAAUCCCGGGUUUAUAUCCCACAGAUCAAUGUUCAAGUUUUUCUUCUGAGUGUAUAAAAGAAACUUGACAAGAUACGACAAUAAAAAAAGAACAACUAAUUAAAAUGACGUAAAUAAACUUAAGGAAUCUCUGGUUAGUCUCUACAAGUUAUGUGAAUUGUUGCACUUUAAAAAGUCCAACGCCUCGACCAAAUCGUUAUCAGCGCUCGCAUCGUCAUUCUUCACUCACCUGAACUCGCCCCUCGAGUGACACUUCACGCAGUUUACGAGCCCGCUUGGCCCUUCGCGAGGUUAACAUACUCGGAAUAAUGAGAUUAUGAGGAAGGCCGAGCUCAGGACGUUGCAGAUCGAGGUGAACACCGAGCAGGAAUGGCGACAGCUGUUGGACCGCGCGGGUCUCAUCGUCGUGGACGUUUACUCGGACUGGUGCGGUCCCUGUGCCGCCAUGGUGAACACCUUGAGGAAGAUCAAGAUAGAGAUGGGCGACGACGCGGUGGACUACGUGGUCGCGCGAAACGACGACAUCAACGACCUCGCGAGAUUUAGGGGCAGAAGCGAACCUGUCUGGAUGUUCCUGCAGGACGGCAAGAUGGUGAACCUGAUGUUCGGCGCGCACUGCCCGCGCUUGCGGAAGUUGUUGCACGAGGAAAUAAGAAGAGUGCGACAUUCGGAGGCUCCGAAAUGGCGGCUGGACGUGGGCGAACGGGCCCCAGAAGAGGAAAUCCGCUGGCAAAAGCAAGAAGGCGUCAGGAAAGCGCUGGAGCAGAAGAAACGGGCGAAAGAAGAUGCCGAGAGGCGAGAGAAAUACGAGCGAUUCAUGGCGCACAUGGUCGUCGAGCUGUGCGAGGAGACCGCGCUCGUGCUUUAUCCGUGGGUCUUCAAGGACGAGAACGGCAGACCCAGAGACAAGUUGCUGAGUCCGCCGUACAUGGAGCUCGUGCAGGACCUCUUCAGGCAGUGCUACGACGUGCAGGAAGAGCUGCGAGUCGAGUUGAGCGAGGACACAAUCGAGAGGAUGUUCGUCGAGAGUGGCGUCGACGUCACCGAGGAAUUGAUAAAAGGACUGACCGAUGGCAAGUGCAUGGCCAUGAGGCUGAGGGGCAAACCGCCACACCCGGACUGGCCGGUGCGUUACCCUUACGAGGAUUCGGAGCCGUCGGUUAAGCAGCCGAUUCGCGCGAUCGACGACGUGGAGAAUUAUCUCAUCAGCAUUAUCACGACGGAACCACCGCCUCUGUUGCCAGUUGCAACUGGCGUACCUACGACCAGGCCGACCUACGACGCGUCUUACGUCGAAAGGCAUGUGUACGUGCACGAGCCGGAUCCGGAAAUCGAAGACGACGUGCGUCGAAUGCACCCCGCUGCUUGGGUGCCUCCUCAGGCCAGAAGCAAGGUUCACGUGUUCAAGACUCUGUUCGCGGCGUACGUGGAGAAGGCUCAUCCUUACGUGGAACCGGCGACUCCUCUGCCUCUGUGCGCCUUCAAGUUCGAGGCGUCCAAGUUUGGCGUCGUGCGAGACGCGCACGCGUUGCACAGCAACGCCGUCGAGCACUUCGGCGCCUUCGAAUUCGAUCGACCGCCUCACGCGAGACGCCUCGCGUCUUCGCCCGACGACUUCGAAAAGAAGGUGAAGUAUAAAACUGGCACCGAGGUGUUCGUACUAAUCAUUCGGAGGAUCAACGAGGAAACCUUCCUGGCUUUCGCCGGCAUCCAGCCGUCCUUCGUCACGGAAGUCGACGAUGUAGCUCAACACAUGAUAACGGAAUACUUCCCCGAAGGAGCCGAGGAUGUGAUACCAUUAGCACCAUAUGAAAAAGAAGCUCUUUACGAGGAAGAGGAAGAAGGUUAUGAAGAGGAAGAAGAGGAGGAGAAAGAAUUUGAAGAGGAUAUCGACUAUUCUUUCUAUUGACCUAAGGAGAUCCAAUAAUAUGAUCCUAUAGUUUCUCUUAAAAGUAAUCGAUUUCUGACAGAGAAAUCGCAGGAGAGGGAAGCGCGUAGUUACGAAAAAUUGUGAAAAUGUUCGCCAUAUGGAAUGACUCCGCGUUUCGCGACAUUUACAUUCUCCGCGUGUUUUGGCCGCGAUGCUUUGACUGCUCUUUCUGUGCUUAGCAACGCGUUUGCGUAAGUUUGGCGUAUUACCAAGCCAGCUCGUGGAAGUUAUAAACGCAGCCAUUCCGUUGCCAAUUUUAAUUCUGCUUAAGCCGCACUAAAAUACUCCACGAAAAGUCCUAGAGGAUAACCCGAUCAAAUUCCGUCGCUGCGAAAAAUUUCUCACGCCUAGGAAACCUCCACUGUGAUGAAUUGAAGUCUAGAACUUGUAUUUUUUUCAGAAUUAUUUAAACUUUUAUUUCGCAGUUUUUAUCGUGACUCUGAUAUUAUCUAAAAUAUCAAACAGCAUUCAAGUCAGUUUAAUUCAGUUUAGUCUUUAAUUCUCUUUCGUUUUUAAUUGAAGUUUUGCAAAAAUAUAUCCUCUAAUACAACAAAGUCCUGAACUUACAUUUUCUUAGGAUUACUGAAACUUUUAUUUCGAAUUCUUUAUCGUGACACUCUGACAUUACCUGAAAUAUCAGCACUCAAGUCAGUUCAAUUCAGCUUUGAAUCCUCUGUGAUUUUUAAUUGAACUGUUACGAAAACAUGAGCAUGUAUUCGCGUUUAAUUAAAAGCGCGCUUUAAUCACAGUAAUCCGAUAUUCAAUUUCGCGCAAAAGAGUGUGUCGCAACAAGUUCGUGGAUUAUUUACAUUACAUCGCAGCUUGAUCGUAACGUUAUGAAAGACGCAGUUUCUUAGCGAAAAGCGGAAUGGUAGAUUUCAAGCGAGCCCUUUCGCCAGAUUCUUCUUCGGAUUGAAAAAAAAGCUCUUAUACCUCCAUCAUUAGUUACAAUCAAAUUGCUCGUAAAUGCCGAGAGUCGUGUUUGCGCAAUCUUUCUCCCGCGUAAUCUUGCAAAUUUGAUCGCGCCAGUAGCGAAAAUAAAUGUCGCUACGCUGACGAGAAGAAUAACUCCUCGGCGAUCGAGAACAAAAUUGCCGUAUCUCGUCCCCUUCCCUCGACUCUAAUUUCCGAUUAAUCCCGUCGGUAAACGGCGCCGGGACCUAAUUCCCGCGCGUUAUUGACUUUUCCGUCGCUUUUACGGCCUUCGCUGCUCUUACACGCCUUCUUUCCUAGAACGCAAAACGAUAAACUCGGCCGGGUCAUUCUCGUGAUAAAAUCGCGCCGUAAAGCGCGGCGAGAGAAAUGGAAUCGCGUUUCCCUCGUGAUUGAUUUGUUUCACACUUUGUCGCGAAUUUACGAUUAUUAUGCCGCGUUCCGACAUCAUUACUCGCGUCACGUGUAUUUCACUUGCCAUGAUACGACGCUUAAUACAAGCUGGACGAAAUGGAGACUCGAUUAAAUCGAUCUGCGAUCGAUACGACUCAGUCGUUCUCUAGUCGAAUUUCUCCAAUUAAUUUAAUUUUCAAUCUGCACGGGAGAUUCCCCGGGACACUCGUCGGCGCGGCUCACUCGUCUCUCUUAUUUCUCACGCGCCUAACACAAUUAUACGGUAUCUCGGGAGUUACGAGAGCGGAAGUGCGGUAGAUUAACUCGAUGGCAUUAUAAAUCUUACCUCGACAAUGUCAAGCUCGACAAGUCGACCUGGAAAGGACAAGACAGACUCCUUGUUCGUUUUUUUUUUUGUUUUUCAUUCUUAAUUUGCCAUCGUGGGAUCGCCGCAGUAACGCCGCGAGCGGUCAAUUGCUUAAACGUCGGUAAUUAUUGCAUAAGCAUUACAUAAGUAAACAGAUGGAUCGGGCAGGUGAGGAGAAGAGGUGAAGGGGCCGGAGAAGGAGGCAGGAAAAAAAGGCGCAAAUUGCUGACACAGGGAGCAAUUCACAUCCAUCACGCGUGUGUUACGUGUGAUUAACAAUCCUCUCGGCUCCUCCUUUUUCUCUCGUCACUAUCUCCCCCUCUCUCUCUUACUCAUUUACUCUCUCUCUCUCUUUCUCUC